GGUUGUCUCGGCUUGCGGGUGGGUACUCGUUUCCAGCGCUGUGAUAACAUGGAUGAGGGAACGAAGAGCACAGUAUCCAAAUUGCCUUUGCUGACCGUUCGAGCUUCACCACGCGACAAGGAAGCUUGGACUGCGCGAUUGAAGGAAGAACUUACCGCAUUGAUACAAUAUGUGAAAUUGAACAAAGAACAAGACAAGGACUGGUUUCAUGUCGAGUGUAACAAGACGGGAACUCGAUGGAACGGAAAAUGCUGGUACUAUUACGAACAAAUUCGUUAUGAAUUCGACCUAGAGUUCGAGAUUCCCGUUACUUAUCCAACGUCAGCUCCAGAGCUGAAACUCCCGCAACUAGAGGGCCUUACCUCGAAAAUGUACCGUGGUGGAAAGAUAUGUCAAACUAUCCAUUUCCAACCGUUGUGGGCGAAAAACGUUCCACGUUUUGGCAUCGCGCACUCCUUGGCGUUAUCUCUCGGUCCAUGGCUUGCAGCUGAGAUUCCUGACCUUGUUGGUCGAGGCGUCAUUGACAGUUUCAAGAAGUGACUGUCCGACGUUACAUUUCGGCUUUUCCCCAAAUCUCAACCCCACGGACAACAGCCCUAUUACACGCUAUCAUAUAGAUAUAGACGUCCCAUUGUCACACCCAAGCAAUGUUGAUCGGUGCGCGUCAAUUAUAAAGGCGAAAGAUUGUUUUUA